CUAUCUAGUCUUCAGAUUAUUUAAGUAAAAGUACCAUGCAAUAACAUAAACAUCCAUCCCAUUCAAAAGUCCUGCAAACUUCUAUUUUAGUUCAAAUACAUAAGUAUCUAUGGCAAUAUACUUAAUGUAUCAAAGGUAAACUCCUUCUGUAAAAAAGAUUUAUUGUUGCAUGAUAAGAUUGCUAACAUUGAUGCAUUAAUGUGUACGCAGCAUUUUACUGUUGGUCAAGGUGGAGGUAGUUUUAACUACUAUAUAGUCAGGUUGUUUACUCCAGUGGUUCCCAACCUAAGGUACAGGCCCCUCCAAAAGCAUCACAAGAUAAAUCUGAGAGGUCAUGAAAAAACAAACUUCUGAUACCCAAAUCUGUAUUUUUCUUUUGUUGAAAUGCCAGAUAAUUUUACCUCUUUGGUCCUCAAGCUGACAUAACUACUUUUAAUGGGCCACACUUAAAAGAGGGAACCACUAGUUUAAUCUUUAACACAUUGUAUUUUAUACUGUAAAAUAAAUAGUAGUAGAUUAGAAGUAGGAUAUGGGAUUAAAUAUAAAUACUUAUGUACUCAAAGGUACACUUUGCCUUUCUGAACUGCACUAGUCUGGUUCUACGCAUGAUUACUACACUCAGGCCUAUUGAUAUUUCAUUUGUUUGGUGUUCAUAUUUUUAAACUCAGGUUCUGAAUAUGACUAAAGGUUUGUGGGAACCUACCUGAUUCAUUAUCAGUCAGUUAAGGGUGGGAAACAGAUGAUUUACCGCGUUAGCAUAUGGGUUUGAUCGCUCCUCGCGUCCGCCUCUCACCUGGACGGAAGUGAACAUAAAAGGCAGGCGGCGCAGGUAAGGGCAGCCUCUCACCUCCUCCCUCUCCACCUCCCUCUGCCCAGGUAGUGCGGCAGCGCUCGCUCCUCUAGUCUACUUUCGGUUGAAGACAAGGAGACGUGCCGCUGGAUAUGUUUCACUCCUGUAAAUAUGAGACUACUUGAAAUCUUCUUCUAAUGUUUCUUCAUAACCAGUAACCUCACGGACUAAUGGGGCUUAUACUGCUGAGCCUGAUUCUCCGGUACUGGAUCAACACCGUGGAGGGAUCAUGUUCAGCUGGCAGCGCUGUGACUUGUGAUGAGUGUCUGCAGCUCAGUUCUCAAUGUGCCUGGUGCACACAGGAGAAUUUCACAGACUGGUUUUCGGUUAGCGAGAGAUGUGACACACUGGAUAUCUUAUUAGAAAAGGGAUGUGCCAGUGGCCAGCUGGAGUUCCCUGUUUCCAAAGGCCAAAUCCUGCAGGAUCGCCCACUCGGGAAGAAGAUGGGGAACGUUAACAGCACUCAGAUCUCCCCACAGAAAAUUGCACUCAAGCUGCGACCUGGCAGUCAGGUGACUUUCCAGGUCAAAAUUCAACACACAGAGGACUAUCCCGUGGACAUCUACUACCUGAUGGACCUGUCAGCAUCCAUGUUCGAUGAUUUGGCGAAAAUUAAAGACUUGGGCUCUACUCUGUCUAAAGAGAUGGCCAACCUCACAAGUAAAUUUCGAAUGGGUUUUGGCUCUUUUGUGGAGAAACCCCUCCUGCCCUUCAUCAAGAUCACGGAAGCAGACCUAUCCAACCCCUGCAGCCACGUAGGCGCAACCUGCCUGCCAACGUUUGGAUAUAAACACGUCUUGUCACUGACGAGCAGCACUGACAAGUUCAACGAGAUAAUCGCAAAGCAGCGUGUAUCUGCAAAUAUUGAUUUGCCAGAGUGUGGCUUUGAUGCCGUCAUGCAGGCAACUGUUUGUGGGGACAAGAUAGGCUGGAGGAAUGACUCAAUGCGUUUGCUAGUGUUUGUCAGUGAUGCUGACUCACACUUUGGGAUGGACAGUAAGAUGGCCGGCAUCGUGAUUCCCAACGAUGGGCAGUGUCACCUGGAUGUCAACAACGAAUACUCCAUGUCCACAGUGCAGGAGUACCCAACUCUUGGUCAGCUGAUUGAUAAGGUGGUGGAGAACAACAUCUUACUGAUAUUUGCUGUGACGGAAGAACAGAAACACAACUAUAAGAACUAUGCAAAUCUCAUACCUGGCGCCACUGUUGGAGUCCUGGCGCAAGAUUCGCGGAACAUCCUGGAGCUGAUUGUAACAGCAUACAAAGAACUGCGAUCUGAGAUCGAACUGGAGGUCCUCGGAGACACAGAAGAGCUCCAGAUGUCCUUUACAGCCAUUUGCCCAAAUGGAUCCGUCCUCCCAGAUCUAAAACAAUGCUCCAAUAUCAAACCUGGAGAGACGGUAGUAUUCAAUGUGUCUGUGGAGCUCCCACGAUGCCUGUCAGGAGUCCGGCACUUCUCCCUCAAACCAGUGGGCUUACAGGACAGCUUGGAGGUGGAACUGGAGUCUCUUUGCUCGUGUGACUGCCGGCAGCUUCGUGAAGCAAACAGCAGCCAGUGCACCGAGGGCCAAGGGUCUUUUCAGUGCGGCGUGUGCGUGUGUCAGCCAGGGUUCCUGGGAGCGGAGUGUGAAUGCAAUGAAGAAAGCACUUUGUUGAGUAACUGCCUGGCAAACAAUGAGUCAGACAUAUGCAGUGGUCAGGGGCAGUGCUAUUGCGGACAGUGUGUGUGUCAUCAAUCCAGCUUUGGACGCAUAUAUGGACCUUACUGUGAGUGUGACAAUUACUCCUGUGUUCGCUUCCGUGGGGAGCUCUGUGGAGGCCACGGAGUGUGUGACUGUGGGGAGUGUCACUGUGAAAGCGGUUGGAGGGGGGAGUACUGUAACUGCAGCGCCAGCACCGAGGCGUGCACAUCAGAGGAUGGCACUGUCUGCAGCGGCCGAGGGAGAUGCGAGUGUGGCCACUGCGUCUGCUCUGUACCUGGGGCAUCUGGGGACAAAUGUGAGAAGUGCCCAACGUGUGGAGACGCCUGUAGUUCUGCAAGGACCUGUGUAGAGUGCCAUCUGGAAGAUAAGGACGAUGGCGAGUUGUGUGAUCAAAAGUGCAGCGUCCCAAAAAUUUCCAUCAACACAACCGCAGAUUAUGACAAGAGCUCUUCUAUGCAAUGCACGCUGAUGACUGAGAAUGAGUGCUGGAUCUCAUUUAAUGUGGUAGGAGGUGAAACGGGGACCACUGCCUAUAAUCUCCAGAUCUAUGGUUGUCCAGAGCCUCCAAACAUCCCCAUGAUUAUUCUGGGGGUCUCCCUCUCCGUUGUGUGUAUUGGCAUGAUCCUGCUGGCUGUGUGGAAGGUGCUGGUGUCAGUCCACGACCGUAAAGAGGUGGCCAAGUUUGAGGCUGAGAGGUCAAAGGCAAAAUGGCAGUCGGGGACCAACCCUCUGUUCAAAAGCUCGACAUCUACAUUCAAAAAUGUGACUUAUAAGAACACACAGAGAGAAAGGAUUAUUACACAGGAUCACUACUGAUGAUAUACUGGAGGCAAUGAAAGCCAACAUCUGAGUGCACUUAAGUGUGUGUGUGUGUGUGUGUGUGUCUGUGUCUUCCUUAGGCUACAUUUGGGAACAAAAGCUGUGUCUCCAAUUUGGAAACAGAUGAUUUUUGGUUCAGUUGUUAAGGUUAGGUUAAAGUUAGGCAAGUACUGGUUAUCGUUAUGGUUAGGUUAAGUCUCUAAGGAAAUGAAUGUAAGUCUAUGCAAUGUUUAUGUUUAUGUGUGUGUGUGUGUGUGUGUGAAACAGAGAGAGAUGGAGAUAAUUUUUUGUACUAGAACUUGUUUUUGUACGAAUCUGUGUUGAUUCAGAGAUGUUGUAACACAACACUGUGAACAAUACAUGAUGUAUUUGCUGCUGUUUACUGUCAAUGUACUAAACACUGCACUUUCCUGUUGCAUGAUCCUACAAACUUUAACACAUUUAUGUCUACUGUAACAUGCAGCUUGGAAAAGAGGAGUCUACACUACGAGUGGUCUACUACUGAAAAAAUCUUUGUUUUAUUCUAAUGAAUGUAAAUAUAUAGGUGGAUGAUUAUGUUUUUUUAAAAUAUUGUAUUUGUCUGUUGUUUUAUUGUAAAGCAAGGCUGAGCCUUUCGAUGUUAAUAAUUGAUUUUUUUAGUGGCAUGGCACAUAAAUAAAGUUGAAUUGUGACUUAUUGUGAGCUUUCAAAGUUAAUUGUAUGCUGUAACACAGUUCUCAUCCCCAGACAAAUACUGAUUAGAAUAAUUGGAUUUGGCACUAAGAGACCAAAUCAAAGUUUAUUUUAUUUACAGUAGGACACUGAACUCUGUGUCUUUCCAGGCUAGUGAUGGAAAAGUAAUAAAGUGCAUUUUGCUUAAGAACUACA